AAACCAGUAUGGACACAACACCGGGUAGUAGACUAGCAUCAAAAUCCUUACUUGACGAAGUCAACAUCGCUGAAAUCCCACUGCACCUGAACGCAGCAUUGUAUACAGCAGCCCCACCAACACUCCGGCAACUGAAGGAGAGGCUUAAAGAUGGAUGGAUGGUUCUCUCCGUUGUGCAUUUAACGAUACGCUAUGGACACAAUGUUUCUCCAGGAGCUCCACUAUGCAUUUAUUGGUGUUAAUACUGAUCCUGAGCACAGUUACAGAAGGUCUCAAGGUGAUUGGAGGAAACAUCACCGUGGUGCAAGGGGAGACCGCCAUCUUACCCUGCAAACUCGUCGACACAGCAGAGCCCUUGACUCAGAUUUCAUGGCAGAAGAUGACCAGAGGAAAACCUCAGAAUGACAAUUUCUAUACAAUCUUGGCUAAAAACGGACCACAGUUUGUCAACGGACGUGACGAUCGAUUUGCAUUUGUCGGGAACUUUAACGAAAACGAUGGAUCUCUGGAGUUAUCCAACACCACACUGAUGGAUGAAGGCACCUACACAUGCAUCUUCACUUUGUUCCCCAGUGGCAAUCACAAGACAGAGAUACCUCUAAAUUUGCUUGUGCCUCCGGUCAUAAGCCUGAAGGAUGAUCCUGUUACUUUGGGUGAUGAAGAGGUUUCCCUCGUUACCUGCACGGCUGCUGGUUCCAGGCCUCCUGCAGAGGUGGUGUGGAUCACUGGUACCCUGGAAGAAUCAGUGAGGAUAACAACCAACUACAGCUCGCAUGCCAACGGUACGACUACCACGGUCAGCUCGCUGUUUGGAAUACCAACCAAAAAAAUCAACGGUCACUCGGUCCAGUGUGUUGUCACCAGUGCAGCCAGGUUGGACAAAGAAACCCUCAACUUCAACAUACAGGUCUUCUUUCCACCGAUGGGAGUGAACAUUACUGAGAAGUCUCAAGGCGUAUUUGAAUGUUUGACGGAAGCCAACCCACCCUCAACCUUUACAUGGCAAAGAAUCAGCCAGCCGAUGCCUCAGUCUGCUGUCAAAGUAGAAGGCGCAACACUGCAGCUUCUAAGCAUGACCUCCAACCUGAAUGGCCUCUACCAGUGUGAAGCAUCAAACCCUUAUGGCAGUGAGCACAGUCACCUCUAUGUGCAUGUCAAUUCGGGUAAGGGAGCCUGCACUGCUUGUUGGACCAUUUUAAUUAUUCUGCUUAUCCUGAUUGCCUUUGGUGCCGCUGCAGCAUGGUACUAUUAUAAAUAUAGUACAUUUCCAAGUGCGUUAACCAGGAUGGUAGAGUGGAUACCUAGACAGAGGCAGCAGGUCCCAACAGACUCAGAUGAACCUACUCAGGCAGUACCAUUAGACGCAGGGGAACAACAAGCAGCACAAGAAGGAUCUCACCCCACGCCAUCCCAGUAAGCAACAAGAUGGAAGACAACCGUGCUGUAGCUGGUUUACAGGAUUAAGUGCUCAAAUGUGUCAUUCUGACUCAGCGGGUUAGUGAAUAGAUGCAGUGUCCAGGUGCUAGCAACAGCCAUCUAGCAUACAAGGCAGUUUCCUGAUGGACCAACAUUCCUUGGGGCUGACACAAUGACACACUUUUUUUUCUUUUCUUUGACCAGCCAAUAAUACAAGUAGUCAGGCCCAUUGAUAUAUUUUCUUCAUCAAUACUGGGCUGUCCCUAAUUACAUUUUUAAUCUCUAAAAAUCUAAAAUUACUAUUAACCUUGGCCCCGUUUCCCAGAGCCUUAGUAGCGCUAUGUGCAUCGUAAGUUGUAUCUUAAGGUCUCCCUUAAGCUUACGGGCUGUUUCCCAGAGUCUCCUUAGUUAAGAUAUAUCUUCUGAAAGGUACAGUAUAUCUUAAGAAGGGGGGUCUGCAGUGAUGGAAAAAACAAACACAUAUGCUGUUAUGAAUAUUUCAAUAACAAAUGCAUUAUCAGUGAGCAGCAAUCACAUUUCUCUGCUUCAGCAUUAGUCUCCUUGUUUAUAACGCGAUGCGCAUGUAAGUCAUUUUGUGUGUGGACUAGGCUUCAAAUAGAUGAGCAGAUGUUCUGUAGAAGGCAUAGCCUCAUUUAUGAUACAAUAUUUGAUGGAGGUAAAAUUAUUAUGGCAAUACUUUUUAUAUUAUGUCAUUAAUUUACCUUCAUAUGAGAUAAUACACUUCCAGCACUGUGGUGAAGGCCAGCUCUAACUCAUGAAGUACCUUAGCAGCUCUCCUUACAAGCACCCACUAAGGGACAGUUUGGGAAAGGAAGUUCCUAAGCUAAGGUAUAUCUUAGAGACCCUCGUAGAAUGCUAAAGUAUGUCGAAACUGGGAAACGGGGUCCUGGACUUUUCACACCCUUUAACCAACAUGCUGGCUGCUCAUUGCAGGCAAUGAAGUGCAGGGAUGCGGGAAAUGAAGUGUCCGACGCUCAAAAGAGAGCCCCAGAAUCCCUCUUUCACAUAUGUCCCCUCAUGUUAUAUAUAAGACUUAUAUUUGGCUGAGGUGGGCUGGUCUGAGCUAAAAUGCCAGAGCCAGUGCCAGGGCCAACUGUUUAUCCCGGUCCACCCCUGCUACACAAUAAUAUGUAUGUCUUUUGUCAACUAAUCUAUGAAGUGUUAUUCAGCAUCAAGUAUUACAAACAGUAAGUAGAGCUUUCAAGCAUACAUGGGAGCAUUUCAAAAACUGGAUUGAAAGUAGAAGUGUAGUUAACAGACUUUUAUCUAUGGUGUUAUCUAUGUAGAAUGUGGCAGCAACCGUUGGCAGUUGCUUUAUCAUUAACAGCUCUAACAGUCAUGAUACUUCCCCUCUGUAGCCCACACCAACACCAACACCAACAACAAGAACGGCUGAUAAUAAUGGAGCAUUUAUGAAGCUUGUUUGCAUGCACGUAAGAAUGUAAGAAAGCCUGAGAGCCACUGAAGAGGACACGCAUUAGUCUGUGUAACAUUGCACUGAUACUAUACACGUAUGCAAAAAAAAAAAAGAAUGUUGAGUAGUUACAGAAGCACAUAUGUUACUUUGCCAAGCCCCCAAAUGAUUUAUUUAUUCCAGCACUUAACUCAAAAAACUCCUUUUUCAAAUUCAAUGCCAAUAUAUUUGUCUGAAGGUACAAUUACAUGGAACAUACACUAUCUAUCUGUCACUUCUAUGAGCUGCUAAAUCCUGGAGCAUUAUAACUGGAGUAUUCUGCCACUAUCUACUGCAUGCUGUCAUACAAAGUAAAAAUACCAAAAUAUAUUAUGCUCUAUUUUAGAAUUCCUUCUACAGCUGUGUUUGCGCGUUAUCAGUUAUCACAUGUUUUUUGUUUUGUUUUAAUUGUUAUCUUUUGUAAUAACAAAUGGCAGCAGAGCUUUCUUUUAUCUUUAGUCCACAUCAGUUUCCAUCUGUUGUGUUCAGAGAUUUACAGUUAUGGGUAAACACAUCAAAAACAGACUGAACUCAAAGCCAGUGUUUCAAUGUCGUGUUCAAAGUCAGAAUGAAGGUCUGUGUUUCAAAUGUUUAAUUCUGUAAUGUAAAAAGUUACAUACGCAUCUCUGUCUUCAAAAUGUGCCAUACACUCCUGUUAGCCUCACUUGUUCUUGUAUCUCAACUUUGCUGACUAUUUCAGAAAGAAACAAACAUCCGGGUCCACAGCGAGCGUUUGCCUGUUGAACCAUGCCUCACUCUUACCUCAGUAUAAGUGUGUUAGACCUAAGCAUUUUGUGUUAGCAGCACUGUGAGCCUGUAUUUAAUGCUAAUUUCAGUAUACUAACAAGAUCAUUAUCACAAUGAUAAACACUGGACAUUAUGCUUACCAUGUUUGCUGUGUUACAGCCUGCUGAAAUUUUAAAUGACCAGAAAACACAACGUAUAAAGUUAUCUACUGACCCUUAUUGCAAUUCCUGAAGCCAUGCUGCUAAAGAGGUAUUUUUAAUUUGCCAAUCAAUCUAAUUGCUGUCAAGACAAUUAAUAGCACUGGAGGAAACAUUUGGGGGGUAGGGGAUAUUUAGACCAGAUUUUGUACAUAACCCGUGUAAUCACAAUCACGUGAUGAAUGCAUUAACAGAAGUAUAAAAUGAAGUUGUAUAAAGAGUCCCUGUCAGGAGGUAGGUUGGGAUGGUGGAUGGGUCAAACAAACACACCUUUCCCCCAGGAAGCCAGUGUUCAUGUCCCGUGUGAAACCAAGUUUUGGCUUGCUGGGCAACCGAUGGAGCAGCUGGCUGUGGGGAACUUUAUGCCCCCUUUUUUGAACCCAUUAGCUCUGCAGAGCUGUGUCGUCUGUGCUGCAAAGUGCCCCAAACCCGGGAAGCUGGCCACAGAGUAGACUCACAAGUCAGUCUUUAGAUGCUUUGCUUAAUUAAAGACUGAUGUCUCCCUGAUUUUGUGUUUAGAUGGGUGGAUACAAUUUCAGAGUUUAAAAAAAACUUCCUACGUUGCAGAACCAAUAGUAAUUCUGCAGGGCGGUCCUUCGGUGGCUCACUGAACUCUUGUGCUCGUAAACAUAGUCCAACUGCGUUAAAAGUUUUAAACAAAGUUGCUGAAACGGGUGUGGUAUGGACCCAAAUGCAGUACACAGGCGCUCAGGAACAGUUGGUAAUGACCUUUAUUUUCACCACAGCAAACAAGGUACGGAGCAGAUAGAAUAAACACAGAAUAAAGUUCGUAGCCAGAUGAGCAGUCCACGAAGGCAGAGGCACCGAUGGGGAGCAGGCAGGAGGAUAGACAAGGCCAGGCGGAGGAGUCGUUACCAGCCGAGCAGUCAGGUACCAGAAACGCUGAGGCAGAGCACGAGGUCAGGGACAGAAGGCAGGUGAGUUUACCAGGAGGCAGACAAGGAGAGCAGGUCGGGAAGAGGCAGAGUCGGCACUGAGAGAUCAGACAGGAGAUGAACGCUGGAAAGUCUCGCAUGAUGCGGAAGAACAAUCUGGCAACGAGUGAGAGUGCUGGAGAGGCUUAUAUGCAGGGCUGAUUAUGAUGAGCUGCAGCUGUGUAGGCAGGUGAGCAGAGUUGGGCUGAUAAGGUGGGCGUGGCUGGCAGGUAGAGUGGAGCAGAGGGAGGGAGAGUUGAAAAUCACUGCAGCAGAGUGACAGGAGGGGAAUGAGAGACAGGGACUGUGACAGUUGCUGUAAGUGCUUCAUUUCCACAAUCAUGUGGACUGAGCACACGUUUGAUAAAACGGAGUUAAAUCUCUCAGCAUCCAUUUUCAAGCUCUCUGUGUGUCCUUGCGGACGAGAAAAGGGGGAGCGCACAUUUCUGGGAGGGCUUUUUCAAAAAUGCAAAUGCGUUGCUUUGUUGCCGGCCGUUUUCUCUGGUGUGUUAAGCACACUUUAGAAAGGAGUGUCCCCAGACUAUUAGAAGGCGGAGAUCUCUGAUUGUCUGGUGGCGAGACUAGCCACAGAGUUGUGCUGUCAGCUUAUCAGUUUUGAGGUGCUUCUGCCUCCUGUCUGAACCCAGUGUUCUCAUGCAGGAGCGCUGGUAGGUACUGGAAAUUGGCACCAAGUGAUUAACACAAAUCUGUACUUUGUAGUAUCAACUUAAUUCAGUCAGUCCCAUUAAAAGUAUAAAGUUCGGUACCCAACCUGACCUACAUAGCAUUACAUUAAAUGCGUAACGUAACAUUGUCCUAAACCUAACUUCUGUUUACUUCGGUUUACGUUGCUAAACCCAACCUACGUAACUUUAUGUUAAGUGUGUGCUGUGUUAACACCCAUUCGUGAUUCUUUUCCUAAACCUAGCGGUAACAGCACUAAUGCAUGAUAUGUUAUGUAGAGACAUGGGUUUUAUCUUCCUGACCAAACCAGCAUUCCUAGAGUUUCAGUCAUAUGUAGUCAAAUUCACUCUUCUUGACUUUAGUUACACUUGUAUGAAGAUCUUUUUUAUUGUAAACCUGAAAUUUUGGUUUAGUAUCCCCCAGUCAUUCUGGGUAGUGCAUAGUAAGUAGAUUAGUGAUCUCUUGGAGUAGUCCUCUUUAAUCAAGGCAACAUGGCAAGACAAUAAACACCUCAGUCUCUCAGGAGACACAUCACACUCCUCUAUUUUAGUUGUUACUGUUACACUCUCUAAUGUAGAUAUCCUUUUCCACAAUUUACUUCAUUAAAAUGUUGCAACGUAUAGUGCUAUUUGUGGUCAAGGCUCUUCAGGCAAUCUUUAAAGCAAUAAACUGAAUGUGCCUUAAAUGUCCUCUCUCUUUAACAAGCAUUUACUGCCAGACAGCUACUGUAGCAGAGUCACAACCACACAUCCAAAUAACAUCACACAGCUAUUUUUUUCAUGUUGUCCAAAGUUAUCAUGGAAUAUGUUUAUCUUGAUGAAUAAACAAACAAACAAGAUAAUGCAGUGCUGUUUUGUCUACUGAAAUUGAAACUUGCGUGCCAAUUGAUUGUUGAUUUGAUUGUACCUAAUCAAAGGCCACUUUAGUAAUAAGGCACAUUUUAAAAACCAAAAGCAAAUCAAAAUGCUUUAUAAAGUGGAAAAAAUGAAAUCAAAAAGUGAAAAAUAAUCUAUGAUGCCAAAUUUAUAAGAACUCCUUCAUACAAAGAUGCAGUAUAAUACUAAAAUACUAAAAUGUGCCAAAUAUAUAUAUAUAUAUAUAUUUUUAAAUUAAACAAAUUUGAAAACAAUCUAAUGAUAUAUGAAGGGAACGUCACCAGUUUUACACAGCAAAUUCUGUUAACAGGUGUAUAAGGGAGUGCUACUGCAUACUGUAUGUGAAAAUGUUUUUUAAAGCCUUUAUUUGGCUGCUGAGGGAGCUCAGUGAAGUCUCAUAAAUUGCCUCAAAUCAGUUUUGCUUGAAGACUAUAAGUUUGAAAAUGAAAAGAAUCUGGUGGUGUGCAUUUAGACUGAAGUGAUCUUAUCUUAUCAGACCUCUGUAGCCCGCUUCUCAUCUCUGUUUUAGGCAAUCGGCUCAAAGCUACGUCAGCUGCUGUCAUCAUAACACACCCAAAUCUUCAACCAAAAUUAUGUCAACACUCAAGUUGUGCCGUGGGUGAUGUAGAUGCAAGGCACAAGUAAAGUAAGUUAGAAGAAUGAGUGGAAUAAAAAGACGAUGGCUGUGUUUGGAAUUUCAUACUAAUAUACAGCCUACUACAUGCUCAUUAUGCUCAUCUAUUGCAUGCUGCCUACUAAAUGAACAUUUAAGUAUUUCAUUACUGACAGACUGUUCACACUAAGUAAACGCAGUGGUUCCCAACUUGGCAAGGUCCACACAGUUUAAUAUAUUCAGCAUAGUUGUGUUUGGCCAUGUCGUCGAGCUAGUUUGCUGUCUCUGUCAUGUGGCUGUCCAUUAGUCAUUCACUGUACAGCAAGAAAUGGCACUUCAAAACAAGAGCCAUGCACCAGAAAUUCACUGUACUUCGAAAUAACUAGGGCUGUAGUCUCCUGGUCGACUAGUCGAUUAUUUGGUCGAUAUGCUCUCGUCUGACCAAAUUCUCAUUGGUCAAUUAAUCGCCGUGUUACUUUCACAAGGGGAAAAGUGCUACAUCAAUAGCUUUCCAGGACUAACCCAUUAUUUCCUGUGGGGGGGGGGGUUCAAAACACACCCAUUGUUGACAGAAAGUUGAACUCGCCCACCGUAUGCUCAGCGUUGCGGUGAGUCAGUUUCUGUAUACUGACACCAUUUCCCUCAGUGGAAACGAAGCUUGUAUUUACUUGUAUUUCACAGAUAGGAAACAAUAAAUUGUGAAGACAGUAAAGCCUCCACUAAAAUAGCAUUUUAAGUCGUGUGUGUGAUUUAUCCUUCAGGGAAAUAUACCUUGGGAUUUAUUCUGGCUACAUAUGAGCAGAGGAAAUCUCUGCUCGUCGCUAGGCUAAUUUACACAAUGUAAAAUGCCAUAGGCUGGCGCUAAUAACUUUAGCAUGUUGUAUUUGCUUGGAAAACGUGUUUAGUAUAGGACAGUUGUUUUGUCGGUGAAUCUUGUGAGUUGUAAUGGAGACAAAUUUUGUAACAUUACCUUUGUUACAUAUUUCUCUUGUCCCUGGUUUUAUAUGAGAAGAGGAAAAGAUCACUAGACGCUAAUUUAGACAAUGUAAAACGCCAUAGACUUGUGCUAAUAACGUUAGCAUGUUGUAUUGGUUGGGGAAAUGUGUCCAGAUAAAGACAAGUGUUUGUCUGUCAAUUCUGCGAUUUAUAGUGAAGCCAAUUUGUGUACUUGUGUUUGAAAUUGUCUCUUUUAAGCCAUAUUUAAUGUGUGUUUUGAAACAACUAAACUUUACAGCACUUAACACAGUCCUCCACCGCCGACUAGUGUUUUGGAGGUGUAACUGCAGAGUGACACAGACACACCACUGCAAAAGUGUAAAAAAUGAGUAGAUUUUUUUCCCCCACAACUAAUUGAUUAGUUGAAGAUUAUGUACGACUUUAGUCGACAAAAUUUUUGUCUUUGGUUGACUACAGCCCUAAAAAUAACAAGUUUGUUUUUUACAAACUUGACACGUUCGCGACACAAGAUGUAAUUACGAAUUAUGACAGACAGCAGGUUGGACCCAGCCACUGCUCACAUUUUUCAAAACAUUGCAGCAAACUUACAAACGUUAUUAUUUUUUUAAUGUAUUAUUUUCAUUAUUAUUUUUAUUUGCAUAAAGCAGUUACUUUCUUGCCUGAAAAGAUAUUAAAACUUAAAGGUCUAGUGUGUAGGGUUUAGUGGCAUCUAGUGGUGAGUAUGGAGAUUGCAACCAGAUGAAACACCUCCCAUGGGCCAAGCAUGUAAAAGAGCCAGUGUGUUGAUUUUUUCAUUCUGGGCUACUGUAGAAUAAUAUUUCAAACCCUGUUUGUUGAUACAAAUGACUUAUUUUAAAGUAACGAAAACACAGAGAUUCUCAGUUUCAGGUGAUUAUACACUAUUAAAAACAUACUCUUUAUAUCAUAUUGUGUUUCUGGCAGUAUAUCCCCCUAAAUCUUACACACUGGACCGUUAAUAAAGUGACAUAUUAACAGCUUUUAGCAUGCCUCAUUAUCUUUGCUGUUGCCAGCCAUUGUGCACAUGUAGUCUGAGAAGUCUUCAUGCAUUGUUGGGUAAUUAAUCAGUAAGUUCAUGUCUCAUAUUACUACUAAUGUAGCAUAGAUCUGGGCAUUUCUUUCAGACAUAAAAUCAUCAUACUUAAUAUGAGUAGUAUGUUAGUGUGUGAUUUUAAAUACAGCUUGUGUCUCUGAUUCUGCUGCAUUGUGAGUCUGACACUAAACCAGUGGAGUACUUGUUUAAUCCGUCAUAAAAAUUAAGUAGUUACAACAUUUAACAAUUAGCAGCUUAUGUAUAGCGACAUUAUUUACAUCCAAUAUAUUUCCGUAGUGACAGAAAUGCGGCUGAGUUUCAUUUCAUAAACUGUAAUGGAAUCAAAUAGACGUAAUAGAUGGGUUUUUCUUUUAGAGCGGCAGCGUCUUUCUACUUUUAAUCUUAAAACUUUAAAUCAUUAAUUAUGUGCUGCAGUGUGUAUUUAUUUUUUGCAUUUGCUUUAUUAUGCCAUGAUGUUUAGUAUUUUGUUUUAUUCUGUAUUUAAGUUAUAUUUAGGAGUUUGACUGUAGUUCACUGCUGUAGUUCCCAUGCUGAUGGUGUUUUUGUAACCUUUUCAUUGUUUGCUGUUACAUCAUCUUUAAGCUUGCCGUUUGCCUUUCCUGUGCACUCGAAUUAAAGAUAGAUAAACAUUACAAUUGUCUCAAGUAUUUCUACACUCACAGUGUGUACUCUACACAUACCAUCCGUAAUACCUAGUCUGCAUUACAAUACUUCAGCGAUUCAGGAUUGUGCCUUGCCCUAGGGUAUGUUUAUUCACUGAACAAAAUCUACAUCCACAGCAACCACAAAAUAGUACAUGCUACAGGCUCAUAACUCAGUUGGGACCAUGUGGAUGGAAGUAACAUCUGUCACAAGGCCAGUCCAAUGGAAACAAAAACGCCACGUGUCACGAGCCAGGAAAGAAUUGUGUUAGUCUUGUGACUCAAAGAAGCAGUUCAAAUAGAGGUAUUUUUUCAAGUACUGUCAACAGAAAAGUGAUGUGACACUUAAAGUAGCGUGGUGUUUGAAAAAUCAGUCAUUACGCAUUGUUUUUAAUUACAGUUCCAGAUAUUUUCAAGUCUGUCUUAAAACAAAACUCACAGGUACAUUGAAAUAGUUACUGAUCACUAUUAUCAUUCAUUUCAGCAAUCAAAAUCUGCAAAAUCUAUCUUUGUCUUUAGUUCAAAUCCUGCGUUGUUUACAUCCAUGUUUACUUGCUCGCAGUCUCUUUCUUCAGUGCCUUCACAGCCAGUGCGCUUUAUUUUUUGUGGCGUGUUACUGCCACCAACUGUCAAUCAGCAGGAUGCCGGAAACCAGAGGGAGGAGGGGCUGGCUUGUGCGGAUGUGUUCUCGUGGGCUUGUGGUAGAGUUUACUAAGGGUCAAAACUCUAAUAUCUUUAACAGAAAGCCUGGAGUUGUGAUGUUUGAAAGAAAACCGCAUGUAGGAGUCAGGCUUAGAAAAGAUGCUUUUGAGCUGAAGUGUAGGAGCAAAUGUUGCAGAGCUUGACCCGUACCAGGGACUGAAAGCUCAGGUUGUCUUGGCCUCU